AUUGCUAAGCGUCGCCACGCUACGAGCAGAAUGGCUGCGCCGGUGGACAGUGCGUGUAAACCCGGGGCUCAACGCUCCCCGUUCAACACGACGAGUUUCCAGAAGAAAACCAGGAGCAAGUUGAUCUCCAUACCCGGCACCAGACCGUCGGUUCUGAACGGACAGCUCUUAGUCUCCACCGGUGUCACCUCCCUGGACUUUCUGCUCGGUGGUGGUUUAGCAGUCGGAACAGUUCUUCUAAUAGAAGAGGACCGAUAUGAUAGCUACUCCCGUAUGAUCUUAAAAUACUUCCUGGCAGAGGGAGUGGUGUGUCGACAUGAACUUUUUGUGGCGGCAGCUCAGGAUAACCCUGAUGACAUCUUACAGGAACUCCCGGCUCCCAUCUUGGAUGAUGUCGCUAUCCACAAACCGGCAGAGCAGCCCAGGCUGUCUUGUGAACCUCAGGACAGUUUGGAUGCCAUGAAGAUCGCUUGGCGUUACCAGAAUCUUCCAAAAGUUCAGUGUGCCCUGGCGUCUUCGUCCCGGUUCGGCCACUACUAUGACGUCUCCAAGACGAUGGAGCCAGAAAUUCGCCAGGCAGCCAAGUGCCACCGCUUCUACCUUCCAGAACAUCCCGCCCAGUCAUCAGGCACACACAGUCCCAUGCUUCAGUCCUACACGGCGUUGUUGAGAUCACUUCAGGAGGUCAUACACAGGGAGGGCUUUGAUGUGGCAGCCCCCAUGUCAAAGUCACGUAACAUCCUGCGCAUUGGGCUUCAUUCUCUUGGCUCGGCUCUUUGGGGUGAUGACCUGAGUUGUCAUGACAACCCUACACACCGCCACUCCCUCGCCGCCUUUCUCUACGGACUGCGUGCUCUGCUGAGGUCAUCGCUGUCAGUUGCUGUAGUUACUGUACCUUCACAUCUCAUCCAGGACAGAGCUCUAAUGGGCAGCAUAACCAGGCUAUGUGACAAUGCCAUAGCGCUGGAAUCAUUCAAAGGCUCUGAGAGAGAGACCAACCCACUCUACAAAGAUUACCAUGGCCUGUUACAUGUUCGUCAGGUACCUCACCUGAACUGUCUGGCGAGUCAACUCCCUGACCACAAGGACCUCGCCUUUAAGCUCAAGAGAAAACAGUUCAGCAUUGAGAGACUGCAUUUGCCUCCAGACCUGUCUGAGACGGUGAGUCGUGUGAGCAGGGGGGAGCUGGCAGGAGGGGCCGCGGCGGCUUCAGCCUGUGGCUCCGGCACUUCCGGCAACAAACACCUGGACUUCUAGAGCUCCCACACUGUCGCCACGGGCAAACCCAACACCUGGAACACCGUAGCGUUGUCCUCUUUACCACGGGGACCGGGUUGUUCCCUUGCCCACAUAAUGUCAACCGCGAUAACCCUGGCAGCCAUUACCACCUGCCAACUGUCCCAGCCAGGGGUGAAGACCUAAACUUCCUCAGCACCUCUUCUCAUAAUGGACACGUUGCAUCGUACAUUUCAAGUUCCUUUUUAAUAUAAAUUCACAUCAAACUCUACACUACUUCAAACAAUAAAAAGUCAGCCCCGUAGUACUUUGAAAUGUCACCCAGUCACAUGAUGCACAGGGGGACAUAGAAUGAACCCAAUUAAAAUCCAAGAUGGAGGGAUCAUUUAAGAUAUGGUACUUUUUUCUUUUCUUCUUCUGCCUCCAGUGAAGUUGUUAAGUGUUAAGUGUAAUCAUGAAAUAUUUUUUAGUCAUUACAGACUCUCAGUCUUGACUGACUUUAAAUAAUUUAACUACAUUCUCCCAAGUUCAGCGCUUACUUUACAAAACAAGUGGCCACUUCCUGCUUAGCUGCACCGUGUACACCAGUCUGAAAGUACAUGUUUUUUUGUCUAGGAUAAUUCAAUGGACUGUGCCUUUGUUGAAUAAAUAAAAGAAAAGAAUUAAACGGUGAA